AAACAGAAAAAAAAGUGAUGUAGGUAGGUAAGUAAGAUUAGUGGAGGAUGUUACCUUGUACAAAUUAUAUGAAUUUUGACAUGAAUUUAGAUGAUGAUGCUGAUGGUAAUGGUAUAUUCUUGUACAAAUUAUGUAAGUUUUGACAUGUUAGAGUAGAUAUGAAAGAAAUUAGGAAAAAAAAAACGUCAAAAUUCGAUGAAUAAGAACUGCAAUGAGGAUACAAGACGAGCAGUGAUAAGUAACGGCUACGGCUUAGAAGGUUUUGAUAUUAAGAUAGAGAAAAAAACUGAAGUUAUUAUAAAGGCAGGUGAUAUUAUCCUACAGAAAAGAACAACUGUACUACAAUGGCAUCACCAGUAAUGAUGAGACCCGACCACAACGACCUCCAAAUAAGAAACUCUGAAAUUUCUACUUGAAAUUAGCUAGAGUUGUAGCUGCUGAAAUUAAAUGGGACCACUUGGAGACCAAGCAGGAAAAUAGACAAUAGAAUGCGGCAAGCAAUAAAGCUUCUAAGCUGACGACUCGACACCGUCUGACAGGUCAUCAGAGGGCAAGAAGUGACAUUGUACAAUUUGGAACUUUCGUUGAUUGCUAGGUAGAGGCUUAGAUUCGUUAACAGCUAGUAGAGGUUAAGACCGUGGAUGUGCGUACCAAAAAAUAGAAAUUCAGAAAAACUGAGUUAAUUCGUUCUUGUAGUCUCUACCUUCUCUCCCGCGCCGACCAAUACAGCCGACCACGAUCUACGCGAGAGGUAGAGGUAACUUUCGUCGUCCAUAAUUAAGUAAGAACAGCUAUGUACACGUGAUAAUUUAUUAGAAACCAACUUCAAUAAUAUCAAGAUUAUUAAGUCCUACGUUUGUUUCA